GGCCGCGGCGUCCCGGGGCUGUGGCGUCCGUAGUGGAGGCGGGGACAGAAGUCUUCACACAUGGCCCCACUGCCGGGGGCAGAGCUGGUCCAGAGGCCACUGCAGCUCUACCGAUACUUGCUGCGCUGUUGCCAGCAGCUGCCGACCAAGGGCAUCCAGGAGCAUUACAAGCAUGCUAUCAGGCAGAGUUUCCGGGUUCAUUCGGAUGAAGACAACCCUGAGAGAAUCCAGCAGAUUAUUAAAAGAGCUAUUGAAGAUGCCGACUGGAUCAUGAACAAAUAUAAAAAGCAAAACUGAGAGACCAAGGCCCAGCGAAGAAGCUGUUCUAAAGCCUCUUGCAACUGAGAGACCUCUCUUCUGGAACCAGUCUGCAGCCUGUGUUCUGAAACAUUGACCAGCUUUGUAGGUUGGGACAACCAGCAAGCAGGUGUGACACGCUGGUGGUGUCCCCAGCUUCUCUCAGCGCAGCAAUGUUGCCAGCAUCCUUUAUGUUUGCUAUUCCAGCCAAUCAUGACGUGAGGUUUGGAGAGAACAUGAUUUUCUUCUGUUUCUUCUGUGUGUUUUUCAUCUUUGUCUUCCUGCUCUUCUACUUUUCUCUGAAAGUGAUUCAUUUGUUCUGGCGGUCACUCUACCAUUCUUGGAAUCCUAGAGUAGAUGUGCCCACACACAGCCGUCCGUGCAGUGGGAACAGGAUGGGUGUCAGUAUUGUCAGAACCAGACAGCUCUGGAUUUGAGUCCCAGCUCCGUGGCUUUAACAGCGAUGGCCGUCGGGCUCUGAGUCCUUCCCUGGGGGCACGAGGGCAGGAGAAGCUGAAGUGCCUCUCACAGAGGAUGGUCCAUGGUGGUGCCGCUAACGUCCCUCCCUGGAAGUCGUCCCAGCUGCUCCCUCUUCUACUGCCCUGGUGCUCUGGGCAUCUCCACUGUAACAUGUACUGUGUCAGGCCUUAGUAAUUUGUGAACUUGUCCUGUUCCUGCCUGUGGCCCCUCAGCCCUCAUAGGUGUUCCCUACCCAGCUGUCUAUACCCAGGGAAGUGGCAGGUGUGGCCCUGGCCUUCAAAAGUGUGCAGGAGGGCACCUGGCAUGGUAGCCUAGUGGCCAAAGUCCUUGUCUUACACGCACUGUGAUCCCAUAUGG